GUGGGAUGAAACAUUUGAAAGUUAGAUUCUCAAAAAUUAUUUGACUGUCUUACCUAUAACUUGUUAUAAUUACAUAAUGUUUUAUGGCAUAUUAGGGUUAAGUAUACAUGUGUUGUUUUUGUAUUCAAUAUUUGAUAUAUAUUUCAAAUCACCUAUUAUUCAUGGUAUGAAGUCACAUUCUCCGCCUGUAUCUCCAGCGCGGCGUUUAGUUCUUAUAGUGGCUGACGGGCUUCGAGCAGAUAAAUUUUUUGAAGUAGACUCAGAAGGACACAGUAGAUCUCCAUUUCUAAGAGAUAUCAUUACAUCCAAGGGUUCUUGGGGAGUUUCUCACACAAGAGUUCCUACAGAAUCAAGACCAGGCCAUGUUGCUUUAAUUGCAGGAUUUUAUGAGGAUGUCAGUGCAGUGGCCAAAGGGUGGAAAGAAAAUCCAGUGGAAUUUGACUCUGUUUUCAAUCAGAGCAGGUUCACAUGGUCAUGGGGAAGUCCAGAUAUUCUGCCUAUGUUUGCCAAAGGUGCUGUUGGUAAUCAUGUCUUCACACACACCUAUCCAGCGGAACUUGAAGAUUUUGCUGCAAAGGACAUGGCAAAAUUGGACACUUGGGUCUUUGACCAGUUUAAGGAAUUUCUUCUUCAAGCCAAGAAAAACAGCACUUUGAUGGAUAUGGUAAAUCAAGAUCGUGUUAUAUUUUUCCUGCACUUGUUAGGCUUAGAUACAAAUGGUCAUGGACACAGUCCUGGCUCAGUGGAAUACCUUGAAAACAUUCGUACAGUGGACAAAGGCUUAAAGGAAUGUGUGGAUCUCCUCAGUGAAUAUUUUGGCCAUGAUAAUAAGACUUCUUUUAUAUUUACUUCUGAUCAUGGGAUGACAGAUUGGGGUUCUCAUGGGAUGGGUCAUCCACAUGAAACUCUGACUCCCAUAGUUGCCUGGGGAGCUGGUGUAAGAGGACCCAUCGGUGCAGGAAGAGAUCUGUACCGAGAUGGCCUUUCUGAAGCCUGGAAGCUCUCAAUCUUUCGUCGAACAGAUGUUGGACAGGCUGAUGUGGCUCCACUAAUAUCUAUAUUGUUAGGAAUAUCUAUACCAGUCAACUCAAUCGGAGUUCUUCCUUUUGAAUUUUUGGGAACAAAUGCAAGACAGCAAGCAUUAGCUGUGGAAACUAACAUCAAGCAAAUUUUAGAGCAUUACCAUUUAAAAGUAAAGCUGAAGAAAGAGUCUACUUUUUCAAUUUUCUUCAGGCAUUUCAGAGAUCUAACACCAGAAAGAGAGAGAGAGCUAUUAGAAAUAUUCAACAUCUUGAUGAAUCAAAACCGUUAUAAUGAUGCUAUUCAAGUAGGAAUAAAACUGAUGCAACUGGCUUUGCAAGGUUUGACAUAUUAUCAGAGAUAUGAUCGAUUCACAUUGAAUUGCAGUAUUCUGUUUGGAUUUCUUGGUUGGCUGAGCUAUGUUGGAAUCUUAAUUAUUCGGGAUCAUACAUCCAUUCUUCACAAAUCUUUGGAAGUUCAAAGUGAUAAAGCACAGGAAAGUGGGAUUGGCAUCCAAAAUUUGACUAUUGGAUUAUUCUCUGGAGCUGUGACCAUUAUCAUAACAUUUUUAUUAUAUGUGCAGAAUGCCCCUACAAUGUACUAUCUGUAUUUUCUGUCUCCAGUAUUGUUGUGGACUCUGGUUGCUGUCAAUUGGAAUGUGUACAAAGAAGCUAAAGCUUAUGUGGACCAUCACAACUAUGUACUGCAACUACUGGGAUUAGGAGUGUUGGGUAUAUUUGGUCUAGAACUGUUGGUUAUAUCCUUCUUCAGGAGAUGGAUGUUAUCAUUGGGACUAGUAGCUAUAGCAUUUUGGCCUCUUGGAACAUCCCUUAAAGACACUGAUAAGUUAUUAACACUAACAUGGAUUGGUUCAACCUUACUGAUGGCUGUGUUCCCAUUACUUCCAGUUGUAGGAAGAGAAGCCAACUAUAAUAUGGUUGCUCUGGCAGGAUUUUUAAAUGUCAUGAUAACUGGUUAUUGUGCCAAGAGACCUGAAGUUGGUAUUGCAAUCAACACUUCACAUAGAAAGGGAGAAUCUAAUCAAAAUGCUUUGAUUACAGCUGCUCAGGUGGUAUUACUUAUUAUUGGUAGUUUUACCAUCAGAAGUACUGCAGCCAGUAUUGAGAAUAAAGAAGGCCUUCCAUUGUUGAACCAGCUGGUGGCAUGGAUUAUAUUAGUUAUACUUCCAACUCUGCCUGUCUUUGGAUCUCCAUACGUUCUGACUCGGCUUCUGAAUGUUGCAGCUUCUCUCGUAGGAACUUACCUCUUACUGUGUGUAAGUCAUGAAGGACUGUUUGGUCUGUGUCUGUGUAUCCUGAUGUUUCUAUGGCUGUGUGUGGAACAUCGUCUGUCUCAUCUUCACUAUCAUCUUCAAGAUGUCAUAUUUUUGGGAUCAAUAUCAUCUCAACAAAGAAAGUCCCCAGUGCAAAGUUUGACUCUUCAAGACUUCAGAAGAGCCUAUUUUUUUGUAUUUUUCAUUUUUACAGCCUUUUUUGGAACUGGCAAUAUAGCAAGUGUAAAUAGUUUCGAACCUGCUAGUGUGUACUGUUUUCUCACAGUUUUUAAUCCUUUUGUAAUGGGAUUUCUGCUUCUCAUAAAGAUAAUGAUUCCUUUCUUAAUUGUAAGCUGUGCCUUUCGAGGUAUUCUGGUUACUCUGAAGAUUCCAAAUAAAGCUCUUUUUUUGCUUGUGCUACUGAUGUCUGAUUUCAUGGGAUUGCACUUCUUCUUCAUGGUGACAGACACAGGAAGCUGGUUGGACAUUGGAACCUCAAUUAGCCAUUAUGUUAUUGUGAUGACAACUACAAUUUUUGUUAUGAUUCUCAACAGUGUUGCAUCAUUCCUUACAAGAACAACUUGGAAGCUGAGACCUCCUCAACUGAAGCGUCAUCUACCAUGAAUUUGGAAAUAUUUUGUUAUUUUACCUAUUAGAAAAUAUGUAUCAAGUUUGUAUGAAACUUGGUGGUUGUAAUAUUUCUGGUAAACAUUGGAGAAGAGGAUUGGUUAUGGUAACCUGAAAUUUCAAAGGAGAGAACAUCAGUUUGAGCAUUUCUAAUUUAAUUAAAAAUUAUUCUCUUUUUAAAAAAGGAGCUAGUGAAUUAAAUAUUUAUUUUAUGCGAGUUCUUGUUUUGGUAAGGAAGUAAGAAAAAUAUAUUGAAAUAAAAUCUUUGAUAACUUAUAAAAUGUUUCUGUUUGGGAACUAACUUUGGAAUUCUAUAGGACAAAAUAUGAAUAUUUUAAUAUAAGUAAAACCACAAAAGUAUUAAUGAAAAUGAAAUAUGAGGUAAGUUAGAAAUGUUUUAACCAAGUUCUCUCUCCUGAAUAGCUUUUGGCCCGGCAUGGCCAGGUGGUUAGGGAGCUCGACUCGCAAUCUGCGGGUCGCGGGUUCGAAUACCCGU